UGUGUUGGAAAGAGAAGGAGCGAGUACGCGAGGAGCAGUUGAAGCGGGCGUCGCGAUCGCUCGGCGCUCCGUGGCGCGUGCGCGAGCGCCUGUCAAAAUUGUCGCACACGCCUUAUCAAUCUUAUCAUCACAUUUUACGAUACGCGUCAGUGUACUUUGCGGUCACGCGGAGAGAGCGAUCGAGCGAUCGACUUCCUUCGAUUAACCUGAGCUUCCUUCCGGGGAGGAUUGACGGCUGCGUGGUGUCCAGGUUGUUUGACGUACUCUCUGCAAAUGGUGCGCGUGUAAGCCGAGUCACACGGAGAGGAGUGAACGGUAGGCGGACGAGACACGACGGCAACGAUGAAGCAACAGAUAGCCGAUUCCAAGGCGAAUCCCGGCGCGACCGGGGAAGCCGACGACUGUCUGUUCGAGUAUCUGCACGCCGAGCUGGUAAACUACGUUCUGAGCAGGUCGUCCAACGCCGCGGAGGGCGAGGAGGAGCUCUCGCGCCUGGAGUGGAUGGGCUUCAGCGUCGGUUACAGGAUCAUCGAGCGGCUGACGAGGGAGUGGAGCAGGUUCAAGGACGAGCUGGACAUGAUCAAGUUCAUCUGCACCGACUUCUGGUCCAGCCUGUAUCACAAGCAGAUCGACAAUCUCAGGACUAACCACCACGGCGUGUACGUGUUGCAAGACAACGCCUUCAGGCUGCUGGACAAGGUUGGCACGAGCAGCAGCAAGCAGUACCUCAAGGAGAGUCCGCGCCUGCUGGCUUUCACCUGCGGCCUCCUCCGAGGCAGCCUGGCGAAUCUCGGUAUUAUCAGCACCGUCACAGCGGAGACCACCACGUUACCAAGCUGCAAGUUUCACGUUCAAGUUCAAAAGAUUUAAUGGCCAUUCGGUAUGGGCGACUCGAGAAGUAAGAAGGCGCGGAGGUGUAAAAAAAGUACAUACAUAGCAGAAUCUCGGUACGAGAUUCAAGGGGAUACGAUAAGAUAUUCGUCGUAUAAUUAUAUAUAUUUCUAUUUGUAUUUAAUGGGCAGAAAAUAAAUUAUUAAUAUUCCUGGAGAUGAAACAGGUCUGACAUUUGUCUCGUGCGUGCGUAUAACCGUGUGCAUAAUUAGUGGACCCGAUUCUAGAGUACAUUCGAGAUAAGAUAUUGACGUAUAUUCAUAAUCUCGUAUUUUUAUUUUGCUCGUCUGUAUUUGCACGUUGAUUCGUGGAAUUGCUACAAAGGUGAAAAGUGCAGCUUAGAUGCGUAAAACUGUAAAUGCUAAAAGAGAUAUUAAAAACUUGUAUCACUUCACA